AUGGUUUCAGGAGAGCUGAUUGAUAUGGCAAAACACCUGGGUAACCUGAAGUGCAAAGUCUGGGCGAAUAUGAUGGACGUUGUCCACUUCACUCCCGUGACCCUGGACCCCAACACCGCUCAUCCAGAUCUCAUUUUCACUGAGGACUUAAGCAGCGUGAGGGACAGUGACGAAAACGAAGAGGUCGAGAGUGGAGGAGAGUCUGGGAAUAUACUCAAGCUUCCUACUAAUCCGGAGAGAUUUAACGCAAGUCCUUUCGUGCUGGGAUCUCAGGGAUUUCAAUUUGGGAUACACAGCUGGGAUGUGGAAGUAGGGGAUAAUACAUUUUGGAUGAUUGGUAUAGCCACAAAGCCUGUUAAAAGAAUGGGCCAAAGUUUUUUCCCCAGCAAAAUUUGGAGCGUUAGCUACGAUCACGGAAGAUUAGGUUCUCGCUCCCCGGGCCAGCCUUACGCUCCGAUCUCCCUGAACGGGAAACUGGAGAGGAUCCGAGUGAGACUGGACUUGCAGCACAGAAAAGUGACAUUCUCAGAUCCACUAACCCACACCCACUUGUACACUUUCUCAGAUUAUUUCACAGAGGCUGUCUUUCCAUUUUUCUACACUUUGUGUAGCGACUGUCCUCUGAGGAUUCUCCCCCAGGCGCCGCUUGGAAUUCUAAAAUAG